UUAAGAAACCUCUUCUCAAGUAUUACAGGUGUUUCCACAUUAUCUUACGUUCCUUUCAUCCUUGCAGUUGGCAGACUGCCUGUGUUAGUUAUGUUUUACACAGGUUACUGGUUCAAUGGCUCGCUUGGUGGCAGUAUAUUCUACAUCAUAGCGUCUGUUUUCACAAUAUUAGGGAAUCUCUUGGUGAUAAUCACAUUUGUAAAAGACCCAUACGGUCAAUUAAGAAAGCGAAGAAACUAUUUUUUGCUUAACCUGGCUGUAAGUGACAUGAUUAUGGGAGCAUGUGUUGAUCCUUUGCUUGUUGUAGCAUUUUGGACAAACUUCAACUCGCUUCUCUUUGCUCAUUAUAUUUUUGCUAUCUUAUCUGGUGGAUCUUCGCUUCUUAAUCUAACAGCACUGUCUAUCAUCCGUUAUUAUGCAUUGAAAGACCCGUUUGGUUAUGAAUCCUUACUAAGUUCUAAGACAGUUGUGCGUGGGUUGAUAUUAAUAUGGUUGCAGAGCUUACAUCUUGCUGUUUUACCAAUUAUUGGUUGGACAACCCCUUCAUACCAGAUUUACCUCUACGGCGUGGGUUUUCUUAUCCCUACAAUUGUCAUCUUUUUGGCAUACUAUGGAGUAUUUCGAAGUAUUCGCAACUACACGAUAGGAAUUGUAGCCGUAAGCACAACCGAUGCAAACUCAUCUUCAUUAGCUUGUCACAUCUACAAGGAAAGUGAUUCUCAAAACCACGCGCGCCCCACACGAGAUCAAUCGAUUCGAACACGAAAAGCUAUGGAGCGCGAAAAAAGUGUUACUAAAACAUUAGUGAUUGUACUGAUUGUGUUUGUAAUCAGCUGGUUGCCCUUACUAGUUGUUGAUGUAUUUAUGGUACAGUGUGUAUCAUGUCGAGAAUGGUCUCAACUGCAUUUAGCUAGAGACAUUACUUUAUCACUGACAUACUUCAGCUCAGGCGUAAAUCCAAUAUUGUAUACCUUAAGAAUAAGGCAGUUUCGACACGCUCUCUUAAAGCUAAUGAAAAUAAAGGACAUAGAUUUUGCCUCGUCUUUAAGAAUAAGAAAUAGACGGUUUGCAGUGGCUUCAAACACCAAUCUAGGCGUGAUUAGCGUGAUGUUUUACGAGGGGUAUUGGUUCUCUAAUAGUCUACCUAGCACAGUGCUGUAUUUCGUCAUCUCUUUCAUCACUGUCUUCGGGAAUCUUCUCGUCUUCGCAUCGUUUAUCAAAGAUCCUUACAACCAACUGAGAACAUUACAGAACUACUUUAUUGUCAACCUUGCAGUUUCUGAUCUUAUGAUGGGGUGUUUUGCCGAGACUUUACUAGCAGCAACUUAUUGGGAAAAUAAAGAAGAGGUGUUCUUUGCACACUAUUUGUGCGCUAUCGUUUCGGGUGUGUCUUCGCUUCUUAACAUGGCUGCUCUCUCAAUAUAUCGAUAUUGUGUCAUCAAAAACCCUUUUACAUAUCAUGGCAUGAUCACAAAGAAACGCAUCUUGAUUUCGAUCGUCUGUAUUUGGGUGUAUACUUUACAUUUUGCCGUUUUACCUAUAGCUGGCUGGAGAACUACUGGUUAUCAGCUUUAUCUGUACUUACUGGGAUGCACUUUACCUAGUGUCUUAAUAGUUAUUACAUACUUUGGAGUCUUUCUAACUAUACGAGCACAUACCAAGCAAUUAAAAACAACGAUAAACUCAAAAAACAAAGCAUUACAGAACGCAGUGAAUAGAGAGAAAGCAACUACAAAGACAAUGCUCAUCAUUCUGGGUGUUUUCAUAGCAUUUUGGGUUCCAUUCUUGAUAAUUGAUAUUAUUAUGGUGCAAUGUUACGCGUGUAGAUACAUUCCAGCUAUUCAUGUCGCUCGUGAUGUCGCGUUGACCUUUACGUACUUCAGCUCUGGAAUCAACCCUCUCUUGUACGCUUGGAGAGUGCAACAGUUUCGUAAAGCAUUCCUGCGCAUUUUAGGCAUUGACAAACUCGUGACUCGACGAAAUAGAAACAGGAUUAACGUCGCAGAAGCGAACACGAAUUUGCGGGUUGUAUCGGCCAUGCCAGAAAAUACUGCUUGGGUUGUUCCGACAUAACGUGAAAAGCUAAUCCUUGAAAGAUGACUGAUUCCCGCAAUUUUCCACUCGGUUUCGAAGAAGUACAGCUUUAGUCAUGUGUGGUGUGCCUUCUUUAUACUCAUUAACACUCACUAGAGAGAAUGAUUGCCCGAAUCAGUCGCUCACUGAUACAAUUAUUUCUGACAAUACUUUUAUUAAAAAUAGCAAGUUAAACGGUUUUAUUACACAAAUUACUAUGCAAGUAUUUCGUAGGCUUUAUCAGGUGGAAAACGGGAAAAACAAUUUAGAAUUUCUAUUAUACAUAAUGAAAAGGCGUUUUGUAUUAGAUACCUUCAGGGUACAAUCAGGCGAAUAUUUCAUUAUUAAACAUCAUCACAGAAGAACGAUAAACGGUAAGAAAUCAACCUACAGAAAUCGAUUGACAGGUUUUAAAGCGGGUCCAAUGUCAGAUCUUAUGGUUCUGCAUUUAAAAGCAUUAACACAUCGAAAGAACAAUCUCAAGGGCUUAUGAUCCUGAAUGAUUUUUCAUCGCUUAAAAAACGCGAUUUUCCGCAAGAGUAGAAGGCAAUUACCGGUUUCUAAUGUCCACCAAUUUUGCCAUGUUGUCUGUAGACAGACAGAGGCUGUCUAAACUAUAAUAGCCUUGACUCAAAACAAGACAUCAAUAACCUAGGAGUUAUCGGUAUCAGUUUUCAAAGCAUCGUAUUUGAGCAGGUGCAUUUUUAGGCAUAUAUACUAUGCGAACAUUUAAUUAGGUUUGAAAAGGGAAUGUUACAUAAGAAACAAUUAUGUUAAUUAACGCUAUUUUUAAAAAGCAGGCAUGUUACACCGUCCUAAUACUGAGAGCCAUCAGAUAGCAAACAGUAUACCAGCUACCUAUGGAUCGUAGAUAUCAUUCAUUAUUUCUUAAAUAUAAAACGGCGCGCGUGUCUCUGUCCUCUGAUAUAAACACGGUCGUCAACCAAUCAGAGCGCGCGUUAUAUAUCAAAAAUUUUAUAAAGUCGGAAUGUAGUUGCUUUAGUUUGCGACUUUCUCACUCACUAUUUAAGCCAAAUCAUAUGUAAUGAUUAAUGAAUAUGAUGGUGAUCAUCGGUGGUUUUCGUAACUCGUGAAACAAAUUGAAAACCUAGAAUACAGUACUUACCCGCUUAUAAGAACCCCAUUUUUCAAAUUUAGCAUUUAGCCUGCAUGAAGAUUUUUUAGAUUAAUUUAUAUAAGAACCCUGUUUAUCUAAGAACCUGUUUCCAAUUUUAUAGGCUAAAUAGGUUCUUAUGUAAAUGGGGUCUAAAUUGAUAUUUUAGGCUAACAGGUUCUUUUAAAAUUGCAGGUUUUUAUAAGCGGGUAAGUACUGUAUUGAAUGCACUUAAUCUGUGAAAUAAUACAAUUUCACGGAUUAGGCGCGCGCUUAGUCAACAUAGUGAAGAAGACGGGUUCAUGAUGAUAGCGCACUAAAUGCGUGAAACAACUAUUACUACUAGAAAUUUUUUACACUAUUUUGCAUUUUGUUUCACGAAUUACACGCGUCUGCGCUAGCAAUAGUAAUAUCUAGGACCACGAUACAUGGUGACGAAAACAAGAUAAUACUCGGGUAACAACAUAAUAUGUAUGAUGAUGAUGAGCUAAUAAUGAUGAUGAUAAAUAUAGAAGUAUAAAUUAUAUGCUAAAACAUAUUAAAAACAGCCAAACAAGAGAUGAUUGUAAAUUAUCUUUUAAUGGGCUUUCAACGUUCUUGUACGCUGUAUAUAUAUUAUAUCAAACUGUACCUAAUAAAAUUGCAUUUCAUGUGUG